AUGGUCGAAAAAUACCCACGAAACAGUACUCCCCGUGCUGGCGUCUCCUGCAUCAUCCUCAAUGAAGAGGGGAAGGCGCUAGUCGGCGUACGCAAGGGCAGCCACGGAGCUGGCACAUUGCAGUUCCCAGGUGGAAAGAUGGAUUACGGCGAGGAGAUCCUCGAUUGCGCUGUGCGAGAAACCUGCGAGGAAACCGGCCUGGAAGUCGAAGGCAUCAAAGUUAUCACUUACACGAAUGACAUCUUUGAGGCCGAGGCAAUCCAGUUUAUUACCAUGUAUCCUCUUUGCAAGAUGAAGGAUUGCGAUGCAGUUCCCGAGAUCAAGGAGCCGGACAAGUGCGAGGGGUGGUGGUGGUGCGAUUUAGCCAAGUUGUACGCUGGCCGCGAUGGAAGCAAGGUCGAAGUCGCGGGCUGCGAGGGCAAAGGGGCGCCACUCUUUACUCCGUUGAAGAAUCUUUUCCAGCAGGUUAAGAGUUUUGAUGAACUACUGCAGAUGAUUGAGUAG